AUGUCUCCACAACCAUCACCAACAUCAUCACCAAAAUCGUCAACAUCACCUCCAAAAAAAGAAGAGGCUUUGGGGUCUCACACUUCAAUAAAAUCGCAGACUAGCCUAUUAUAUUUCGCUGCGUCAUGCGCCCCUAAUCAAUCUAUAAGACAGCAUCAAUCACCGUCAUCAUCAUCGUCGUCAUCACCGUUAUCAUUAUCGUUGUUGUCAUCACCAACAUCGAUAUCAUCACCCGCAUCAUCAACGCUUAAGCCAUCGUCCACAGAAAUUUCGGAAAUAGAAGACGAAAAUGUGCAGCAACCAGAAGAAACAAGUGAGAAAAUCCCCAACCAAAGGAUGUUGCCAAUAACUACACCAAUUUCAGGAUGGGACCAUAUCACAAAUGCCUAG